AUGAGAACAGGCGCUUAUCUCCCUCCCCUCCCAGUUGAGCUGGUUGAGUUGAUCGCAGAUUUCCUCGAUGCAGAUGGCUUAGUAGCACUACGUUUAACCUGUCGCGAUCUUCAGAGGAAAACAUUUCAUCACUUUGCGCAGCGGUUCUUUUCAUCCAUCAAAACUGACCUCUCCGGGGAUAGUCUGCGCCGUAUCAAUGCUCUGUCGCAGAAUACCGCACUAUGUCCUUAUGUGAAUGGGCUAGCCUUCAUGCUUCAAAAUGGUGUCGGUCGCGGCUUGGUUUGGGACCGUCAUCCAUGGGGUCCUAUCUCCGCUCCUCUAGAACUCGAGGCGAUUCGGUCUCUGCGUGAUAAUUUGAUCCACAACUUGACUAAUUGUCGCUCAUUCUUUAUUUUUUGCCGAUACCCAGAAGGUCAUCCAGAUAUGAGCCAUGUCACUAUCACAGACGCUGUUGCCGUCUUCUUUGCGCUGGUCGUCGAUGCUCGUCUGCCGGUUUCGUCGUUCCAUCUUAUAUACGCGAACAAAUACUCGCGCACCUUGAUCAUGGACAUGCGUCGUCUUCCAAAACUCCUCUAUCGUCAACCGGAAUUCAAGAUGGUGUGGGGCAAUUUACAAAAACUCUCUUUAGAACAAUAUCUUACAUUGGACAACUUCGGCUUCCUGCUUGAGCUGGUUCUUAGCGCUCCAAAUCUUCAAACCCUCCUUUUAAAUCUCGGCUCGCACGACUUGGCAUCCGAAUUUAUGCAUGAGCUGGCUGAAAGUGCCAGUUUUUCUCAACUGCGCGAACUCGCCUUGUUCAGAACAUCUAUGCGGGGACCCGAUCUCCACAAAUUACUCGUGAAUAUCCGCCCAAAGUUGGCUUCACUCACAUUAUACCAUGUUUCCUUAGCACCAGGGAGUGAUUGGACUCCAUUUCUCAAGGAACUGAGUCAGGGAUUUCUGGCUUUGGAAAGUAUCUCGCUAUAUUAUCUCUGGGCUAGUACACCUGCUAAGGGUCUCCUAACCUUUCCGGACAUUCCAAAGACGCCUUCACUGUGCACUUCGAAGGGCCAGCGUCUAAAUGUAUUUUACUCUGAAGAUAUCAAACCCCCUACUGUCCUUGGGAUCGAGUAUACUGGGUCAAAGAUGUCACAUUUGUUGGAUUUAUUACAGACAAAGAUUGAAAGUCCUCGCUCAAGAUAG